AUGGAGCGUCGGAGCAAGAUGGAGUUUUUCCAGAAACUGGGUUACAGCCAGGACGACGUGGUCAGGGUGCUGGGCAAACUGGGUGACAGUGCAUUGGUCAAUGAUGUGCUACAGGAGCUGAUCCAGACUGGUAGCCGCCCAAGGGCCCAGGACGAGCCAGCCAACAGCACUGGGGUAGUGCUGACGCCCCGGGGAUGCUGCGGAGUCCGGGACUCUGCCCAGCAGGGCCUGGAAGAAGCUGGCGGAGAUCCAGCCGGUUACCUGCGGCCCAUAGUGAUCGACGGCAGCAAUGUGGCCAUGAGCCAUGGAAAUAAGGAAGCCUUCUCUUGCCGGGGAAUUCGUCUGGCUGUGGACUGGUUCAGGGACAGAGGACACACCUACAUCAAGGUUUUUGUCCCAUCUUGGAGGAAAGAGCCAUCAAGAUCUGAUACCCCUAUCAGAGAGCCUCACGUGCUGGAGGAGCUGGAGCGGCAGGCGGUGCUGGUGUACACCCCAUCCCGCAAGGUCAACGGCAAGCGAGUGGUCUGUUACGAUGACCGCUACAUUGUGAAGGUGGCCUUUGAGAAGGAUGGCGUCAUCGUCUCCAACGACAACUACCGGGACCUGCAGAAUGAGAACCCAGAGUGGAAAUGGUUCAUCGAGCAACGGCUGCUCAUGUUCUCCUUUGUAAAUGACAGGUUCAUGCCUCCUGAUGACCCCCUGGGCCGCCGUGGACCAACCUUGAGCAACUUCCUAAGCAAGAAGCCAAGGCCCCCAGAGCCAUCUUGGCAGCACUGUCCCUAUGGCAAGAGAUGCACCUACGGGGUCAAAUGCAGAUUCUACCACCCCGAGAGGCCGCACCACGCGCUGCUGCCUGUGGCCGACGAACUCCGCGCCAAGACGCGGGCCUGGCCCGGCGGUGGCGCCGAGGAGCAGCGGCCACCGAGUAUCCGGAGCAGCCCCGCAGCACCCCGGCCGCUUCCCCGGGAACCAGGCGCGCACAGUCUCCCACCGGCGCCGCAGCCCGCGACCCUGGCCACCCUGGGCCGGAGUUUCUCGCGGCUGACCUUCAGCGAAACCCCGGCCAGCUGCGUCUCGUCCCAGAUGCGUGAGCCCGACUGGAUGCCCACAGGUGGCCCCACGUCCUGGGCCGUGCCAACCCCUCGCGCGGGCGAUCUUGGGUCCCCAACCUGCCCGCAGGCCCAGCUGCCAGACGGACACCGUUCCAGGGACAUGCACAGUGACUUGCCUCCCCAGCGCAGAUCCCUGGAAGAUCCGUGGACACUCCUGCCCAGCUCCUACCGUUAUCUGAGUCACCCAGGCUGGCUCGAGUCUGCUUGGGGCAAGGACGGUUUUAGAGGACCUUCGGGGUCAGCACAGCCAGCAGCCAAUGGUGGGGGAGCACGCACUGCCUUCUGCAGUGUCUUCUCAGCUGAUCAACAGAACAGUGGGAUGGCCUCGGAUCCUGCGCUCUCUGACCUGGCUUUGCUCACCCUCCAGCAGGGAUCCCAAAGGACUGGUGCACGAUUGGGGGACCCUUAA